AUGAGGCCUGAAAGUUUGAAUGGGACGGCUGCGGAUUUGAUGGGAGGUGGGCGAGAUGGUACUUUUAACAAGGAAACUGCUUCUAUGGGGUAUAAAGUUACAGGUCGUGAGAUAUUUCAAAGAAUUCGCAAAAUUUUUCUGAUUCAGAAUAUGUAAAAAUAAGCUGCCUAAUUUUGAUUUGUAAGGGUGAAAAAAUCCUCUGAACUUUUCUCGCAACACCCACACAAAUGCCUUUUUGACCAAGUUUUUGCCAAAUCAUAUGCUCUUUUUUGAGCUAAAGUAAACUCUGGUAUCUUGACAAGCCCUAAAAUAUCAAAUUUAAUUUGCACUACACCUCAAUUAGUAGUUGCAAUGUUAAAAAAGCGCAUUUCCAUGGUGUUGCGAGAAAAGUUCAGAGGAUUUUUCACCCUUAGGCAGCUGAUUUUUACAUAUUCUGAAGCAGAAAAAUUUUGCGAUUUUUUGAUAUAUAUCUCGACCUGUAACUCCAUACCCCAUGUAAAAUAAAGAGCCUGAGGGAAGCUACGCCUGGAAUUUACGAACAAAAUGUUUCAAAAAUGCCUAUGGUACUUCUCUGUAAUUCUUUUGCUGAUCAGUCUGUCGGGAAAAUAAUAAGCGCUCUUUCUUAUUGAAAGUCCGCAUCACCGCAGAGAAAAAAUAGUUUAGCGACAAAAUCAAAUUGAUUUUCAAUCGACAUUGCGCUUAUUAUUUUCACGACAGACCGAUAAAAAUUUAAUUGGGAAAUUUUUCGGUUUCACUAAAACUACUGGUCGAUUUUACCCAUUUUUUGUAGUAACAAAGAAAAAGAAAAUAAUUUUUUUCUUCCCUGCCAUUCCUGCUCAUAGCCUAUCUAUGAGUUCACAACAUUUUCGCUACCUAAACUUCAUCUUUCAAGUUCAAAUUGACCUCUUUUUUCAUCCCAAAAAAAGUUUCCCACGAACUCGAAAAAACAUUCCAACGAUCGUCGUAAAAAACAUCGGGUACCACCACCAUGAUACCCUCUCGUUUUUCUACUCCAUUGCCCCUCACCCAGCGUUUUUUGUGUGAUUUACAAAGUCUUUGCACUUUAGCGGUCGAAUAAUUAGAUCAGUCGGGGUCGCCGGCUAUAUAAGGGAAUUCUAAUUAGGAAAGGACACCUUCCUCGGGUUUAUGUUGCGGAACAGAUCCCAUGUUACGUAACCUCAAUAAGGGAACGGAAUUUGAUCGAAAUUCAAAGGCUUUUUUUUGGAAUUUGAUCGUAGUUCGAGGCCUUUUUGGAGGCCCCACAUUGGUUUUGUUGAGGAUUUUGGCAUUUAAGAUCAAAGCUUUUUAUUUUUAGUAUAUAAAAUUGAAAUUUAGAAGAUGACUCAAACGGAAAUGAGAAAUGUUAAUAUGAGUAUAAAAAAGGAAUUUUUUGGAUGAUUUUGUCAUAAGAACUCUUCAAUUUGAAAAUUUUGGGGGAAAUUUUUUGGCCGAAUUUGAUGAAAAUAAUUUCCUCAGGCAUCUGCAAAAUUCCUGGCUGGGGUUUUGCAGAAAUACCGGGGCAGGGGUGGCAAACGGGCCUCUUUUUCCAAAUUUCAGGCCCGGGGCACGGCCCGGCCCGGUAAAAGCCCGGUUAGGGCGCGAGCUGGAAAUGUUCCUUUGAUCUUACCGGCUCUGUGGUGCUGAAAUCUGCUAAGAACUAUCUUAUAUGUAUUAUAUGUUCUAAUUUGGACCUUAUAUUAUAACAUAUAUGCGAAAAAGUACUAUAAAGUAAUAAACUAUUGUAGAACUUGAUAUACUACAAACCUAUCCAAAAAUUUUUCCGGCGCGAAAACAUUGACUCACUAUUUCCUGUAAUCUCUUAUAAACAAGACCUUUUGAACUCGGACCACUGGAAUUAAAACUUUUUAGAAUAAAUUCGGCUAGCUCAGUACACAUGCACUUUUCGUUCCAAAUUCGUACGCAAUUUGUCUUUUUAGAAACGGAGAUUUCUUUUACAGCCCCAGCAUCUGCCUCGCCUUACCAUAAAACCACAAGUGACCCUUGGGAUCCUCCGCUUUUUGUGGUAAGCAAAAUUUUCCAAAGUUCAAAAUGAUGUAGAAGUUGGAACGCCCUCUUUUUUUAUAAAUAAAUAAAACGAGCAGUCUAAUUCGUGGCCGUCUGUUAGGUACGUAACUGAAAUUGAUGGCUUUUUACUUUUAUCCAACCUUUCAACGGAAACGAUUUGGAAUUUUAACGGGUCUUUCUGGUAUUCUAGAGUUAUAAAAAAUUUUUUUUAGGUUGAGCUAAAAAAACUAAAGAAAUAUAUAAAACUGCCUGCUAAAAAAGCAAUUUUGACUUUUUAUUAGUCAUUUUAGAUAAAACAGAUUAAUGAAAGGAUUCAGAAAUUUUUGGUUUAAUCGAAAAGUCAUCAUUUUUGUAGAAAAUUUUAAUUUUUAUUAAUAAACUUUUCUUACAAUAAAUUAAAAAAAGUUUUUUUGCUGUUUCAAAUUUUUAAUAAAACUUGUCCUCAAAAAUUCGGAAAAAAAAUCAAAAAAAGUUUUUUUUUUGAAAAAAAAUCUUCCAGCUCCAGAAAAGCCUUGCCCCCGUCAAAAUCUCGAUCUCUCUAAUUUGUGACAUUUUGACGGGGUUUCUGGCUGGUAAACGGCCAUGCAAUUAGCACUUUGAGAGGAUGAAUCUCUUUUUUCUUUUUUUUUUUUAUUUUUGGUUGUAAAUUUUAAUUAAAUUUAUGGACAAAUUAUUGUUUCUAAUUUUAUUUCCGAUGUUUCUAACCACAAACACUAAUAUUUUUUAUCCCAAAAAAUUCAUGUUAACUAUGUUUGCAAUUUUUAAAAAUGUAAAAAAAUUGGCCGGCUAGUUGUAAAGAAUUGUUUACAGCUCUAGAAAUCUUCAAUGGCCCAAGAAAUUAAUCAAAAAAUCGAAAAUUUUCCCCUUUGUCAAAAGACGGAUCACUUUUCAACAUUUCCCGGGCGUCUGUUUUUUAGCCAUUUUCAUGCUGUUUAUUGUUUAUUAUCUGCUGAUAAGGCCCAAAAUCUGAUACAAUGGAGUCGAUCCAAAAAAAAAAUACUAAAAAUUAUGCGCCAUAUUUUAUUUUACCGUACUCCUUGCCCUAUCGUUCAAUUUUUUUAUUUCCCAAUGACUAAUCAAACAUUCAAAAUGGCUCGUCUUACAAGGAAAGUAUACUUUUAUGGGGGUCCUACUUUUUGACGGGACAUAUCUCAAAAAAACAGAAAAAAUAUGCUAAUCAAGGAAAUAUAAAUCUUAGCUACCCAUUUUAGGUUCUUAGGGGUGAAAACUCAAUCGGAAGUUGACUUAAAGUCUUAUAUAAACCCCUUUUCGCUUAAUUUUUCACGGGUUUACAAUUUUUAUUUUGGCUUAAAAUGAUGUUUAUUGAAUUUCUAAGACGUAAUAAAUCAGUCUUGGCCCAAAAAUUUAUUUUUCCGACCUUCAACUUCAAAAAAAGUUGAUUCAGCCCAAAAGGGAAAUCGAACCCGUGCGGCGUCCCCCUCUUGAUUCCCAGACUACGGCACUAACCACUCGGCCACACCGUUCGCUUCCGAAGGAAGAGAACGACUGCGAUUUUUACCGCUUCGAAUGCCUGCGCCUUUUGCAGGGAAAUUAAGCCAGUUUUUGGGCAUUUUCACUGCUAAAAACCCGAAAUGGGAAGCUAAGAUUUAUAUAUCCUUGAUCAGCACAUUUUUUCUGAUUUUUUGAGAUAUGUCCCGUCAAAAAGUAGGAGCCCCCAUAAAAGUACUUUCCUUGUUAGCACUAACUAGGGAAGUGUACAAACGAACCCUCACCAAAUGGCAAGUGUUAUACACCAUUGGAAAGCCCUUGAAAAAUGGUGAAAGGUACCAUUUUCAUUUUUUGCAGAAUGCCUCAGGGCAAAAAAUUUUAAACGGUUGAUUUGUUCCUUGAGUAGUUACAAUAUCUGCUGUGGGGCAAAAUAAAUCUUAUUUCAAAACGCUAAAUGGUAAAUAUUGCUACUAGGUUGGCCUAAGAAUCAUUAUGAAGUUUGGCGCUUUCCAGUAAAACCAUUUUACAUAUGAUAUUUACUGGUUUUAAACACCCAUAACGUGAAAAAACACUUUUAACUUUUUUUAAUUUUGAAAACAUGUAAGUUUGAUGGUUUUAACCGUAAUCGACCGUUUUCUAGAAAAAAUAAAGCGUUUGUAAAAGUUUAACUCAAAUAUUAUCCUAACUGUAAUAACGCAAAACGUUUUUCCCCACGCUGAGAACCGAACCUAGCUUGGUUUGGCUUAUCACCCUGCUCCGCAACCACUGCACUACUGAAGCAACCCUCUUCAAGGAUUUUUAUCCGCUCAAGAGAAAGAAAGAUUUUUGUUGCGAAAUACCUAAAAAUAAUACAAUUUACAGUACGCCGUCGCGGAAAGGCAUUCUGCAAAAAAUGAAAAUGGUACCUUGCACCAUUUUUCAAGGGCUUUCCAAUGGUGUAUACCACUUGCGAUUUGGUGAGGGUUCGUUUGUACACUUCCCUAGUAAGUGACACGUUCACCGACCCGAAUCUCCAAUCACAAUUUUAAAUUUAUUCUUAUAAGAUUUUAGGUUUUUUAGAAGCUCCCAUUGCAAAAUUUUUGACCAUGUCCUUGAAAUUUCUAGUUACAAAAGAAAUUUUCCACAUUUCCCGGAUUCGAAAUUGGCUCCAGUUUAAAUUCCAUUCCCCGUUUAUUCAUUUUUAUUUUUCCCUCCGAGUUCCGGCAAAUUGAGCGAGACUUUCCGAGGGGAAAGGAAAAGGCGACAUUCCACAGGAAGUUUUUUUGUAAAAGCUGAGUUAAUUUUUUUUGUCAAAAGCGCGAACACUUCUUUUGAUCGCUUCUGGAGUUCGAGACUUUUGAGAUUCUUGGCGGAAGAUCAUUUUAAUUUUUUUGUUUGGAUUUUGAGGGUAAAAGCACCGAUUUUUUACGAUGAAAUUCGGCGCAAACCAUGACUAAAUUUUCUAAGAAAUCAAGAUUUUUAGCUUGAGCUUUUCAAAACCAUGAAGGUUUCAAGGUCAAAGCUUGCCAAAAAAUCCUUUUUUGAACUGUUUGGCAUGAUUUUUUAACAAAAUUUCAGUGAAAACUUGCUAAUUUAAGUCUUAAAAGUUCUCCGUUCCUUUCUUUACAUUUUUAUUUUUUCAUCGCAGCCAAGGUAUGCUAAGACUGUUACACAAGGGUGGAUGUCAAAAUGACACUAGAUGAUCAGCAAAAAACGUCUUUGGCUAUUCAUUUACUUACUUUUUUUGAGAUGUAUUACUUGAUGUAUACAUCAAACCUAAUUAAAAUUUAAAAAGUUACACAUCUUUUACUUGAAAACCUUCCUUCGCCAAAAAAAGGCGAAUUUCGCAACUUUGAACCUAAAAUUUUCGAUGGUUCCUUCAAAGCGCGACCUAUAUACAAAUCUUGUGUUUCUGUCUGCUUUAUAAAAGCUUAAUUUUUAUUUUAACUUACAAUAAAGUUAUUUAAAGUCACCUAAAAAUGAAUGCAAGGUUUUUGGAAUUUAUAAAGUCUUAUGGACAAUAAAAAUUUUGUUCCUUUGAAGCCAAAUUUCUCUAAAAUUCUCUCUUUUUUCAUCACCGUACUCUACAGUUAGCUUAUUUUCGUGUUUUCAUUUUAAAAAUGAUUUUAUUUCAAAAUAUGGUCUUUAGCGUAUUGAGGAUCCAGUUCUUCCCCGACCCGGAUCUCCCAAUCGGACACCCAUUUGGGGUUGAGAAAGGUCCAUUCUUUGAGUCGAUUUUUUCGGACGACCCGGCCAUUUGUGAUCUAAAAUGGCCUAACGCUAAGUGCAUUCGCACUUAUUUCGAAAGGUUUUCUGGGAGAAUUAGGGUGUAAAAUCGUGAAAAUUUAAUAAAGUCAUCGUUUUUUGGGGCUUCCGAAAAGAACUUAUGCCCACUUUGGUUCGAUAGUUCUGAAAAUUAUGACAAAUUGGGGCUUUUCUGUAGGGCAUAUAAAUUUUUUAGCCUAUGCUUUGCAGAUACAACCGAGAUUUUAUCUCGAAAGUUGAAAAAAAAUUGAUUUUUUUUUUGAAAUUUUAGGCUUGAAUGCAAAAUUUAAAGCAAUUCGACAAAAAAUGAUGAAAUUUUUCACGAAACAGUCAGCUGUUUUCCAGCUAUUUAAUUUAAAUAUUUUUUGCCAGCAAAGUGGUUUUUCGCUGAUAAAAUCAAACACCAAAGAUUUUAUUCAAACGGGGCCAUUUGUUUCUUUUUUCGGCCAUUUUUUUAAAUGCGUGGGGCACUUUAAAACAUGGUACUAUCAUAAAAACGCUCUGUUCCUUGACGAAUAGCCUGCAGGAAGUUGGACUUUCUUACGUUUUUCGCCCAAAACGGACCAUUGUUUUAGAUCUCCGGUCUGCUGAAAAUUAUAAACAGACUUGUUCCGUCAUGGGUUUACAUUACUUAUGUCCCAUGUACUAUAAAUAUUAUAUUGUUUAUUCGGCUGCUUUUUUGUUUGCAGAGCCAUAUAAAUUAGCUAUCUUGAUUAGUAAUCAACCAGGAAAGUGAGGGAAAAAAUGUGAUCGCGAUGGAACGGGCAAUUUUAAUUACUUCUCGUUUUUCGAAUCUUCAUGUCAUCAUUUAUAAUAUAACUCAUUUUCCAGUUUACAUACGGGUGUAAAAUUGCCUCCACAGUACAACGAAUCAACUUGGCAAUCUCUGAAUUCUUCGCAGAAGAAAUGCUCAGCAGGUAUAUUGGCAUACUUUUUGUGAUUCUUGUUCUUCUCGACAUUGCAAUCGGCAAAUCUCUUCCCUCUUCGAAACAGACAGCUAAACCGCACAAAUUGGAUGUGGAAAUUCCAAUUUAUCAUCGACCUGAUGUCGCUGGUAAGUUAUAGAGCCUUUAUAGAGCAUUUAUUUUAUAGUUUUUGAGAGUUUGGCAAUGUUUCCCUGAUCUUCAGGGAUUUCGUGGUGGGACCCAAAUUGGUUUUUUUUCAAUCCAGAAACUUGAAAAUGCACUAGGAUAUCUUAAAAUUCAUAAUAGUCAAUCCUAGGCCAGGGUUCUCUCUUUUUUCAUUUUUUUGGGUCUUACCACGAAAACCCUGAAAGUCAGGGAAGCUCUCCCAAACACUUUGAAAAUUAGAAAUGAUGCUAUUCAAUAUUCCAGAGCGCCCUGCAAAUUGCCCAAAAAGUCAGAUGAGCGAGAUUAUCAAGGCAUGCACGGACGAAUGCAAAAAAGAUUCGGAAUGCCCGUCCCGCCGGAAGUGCUGUUGGAAUGGCUGUGCUCGACGUUGCACAAAGCCGCUGAUCAAGGACCCCACCAAUUAUUUGAAUUUGCCCUUGUUAACGAAUGAUGAUUGA